AUGGGUCUGCCAGCAUCAUAUAAACAAGCUGCUUUCAAAGCCUUAGGAGAGAAGCUAGUUCUCGAAGAGGUGCCUCUAAGAUUACCUGGUGAUGGUGAGCUACUCGUCAAGAUCGAAGCAUGUGGAUCCUGCCACACAGACUCGCACGCCCAACAUAACACUUUCGGUGGCGGCUUUCCUAUUGUCCCAGGUCAUGAGAUCAUCGGGACGGUGGCCGCCGUCGGCGACAAUGUGAAGGGUUGGAAGGUUGGUGACCGCAUUGGAGGUGGCUAUCACGGCGGCCACGAUGAGACGUGUGAUAUGUGCUCUAAGAACUGGCCUCAGAUGUGCGAUAACCCUAUCGCAAAUGGCAUCAACUGGAACGGAGGAUAUGCUGAGUACACCAUUCUUCGAGCGCAAGCUGCUGUUCGCGUUCCCGCAGACGUUGAUGCCGUACAAGUCGCUCCUUUGCUAUGUGCAGGUUCAACCGUUUUCAACGCACUACGGCUGGCUGGCAUUAAGCCUGGCGAAACCGUCGCGAUCCAGGGGCUCGGCGGCCUCGGCCACCUUGCCAUCCAGUACGCCAACCGCAUGGGCUACCGCGUGGUCGCCGUCUCACGGGGUACUGAGAAGGAGAAAGCAGCAAGAGGGUUCGGCGCCCACGAGUACAUCGACUCGUCCAAGGGCGAUGCCGGCGCAGCUCUCAAGGCUCUAGGUGGCGCUCAAGCAGCAUUUACGACAGCAUUGACUGUCGAGUCUUUUACGCCACUGAUCCGGGGCCUCAAUGUCAUGGGUAAACUGGUGGUCCUGAGCAUUCCCGGGGAUAUGACGCUUAGCCAUAUUGAUAUGGUUCAACGCGGAAUCUCGGUACAGGCGUGGCCCGUGGGGAAUAACCGCGACUCAGAGAAGGCUAUUGAGUUUGCUUAUCGCCAUGGCAUACGAUGCGCUGUUGAGACAUUCUCGUUGGACCAGGCUCGGGAGGCUUAUGAUGCAAUGAUGAGUGGCCGACCUCGGUUCCGAGCUGUUCUCAAGAUGGGUUAA